AGUCAGCAUGGACAUGAAUUUGUCAGCGCGUUGUGCUUUGGUUCUUUUUCUGUUGGCAUUUGUAGAUUUGAAAAUAGUCUCUGCUGCAGAAACGGGAGGCAUAUCUACAGCAAAGCCUGGAGUGUGCCCUCGUAGACGAUGGGGCAUAGGGAUAUGUGCAGAGUUAUGUUUCAAUGACAGUGACUGCCCCAAUGAUGAAAAAUGCUGCCACAAUGGAUGUGGGCAUGACUGCAUUGCACCUUACACAGCAAAGCCUGGAGUGUGCCCUCGUAGACGAUGGGGUUCAGGGACGUGUGCAGAGUUAUGUUCCAAUGACAGUGACUGCCCCAAUGAUGAAAAAUGCUGCCACAAUGGAUGUGGGCGUAACUGCAUUGCACCGACACAGGACAAGCCUGGAGUGUGCCCUGUUAGACGAUGGGGCAUAGGGAUAUGUGCAGAGUUAUGUUUCAAUGACAGUGACUGUCCCAAUGAUGAAAAAUGCUGCCACAAUGGAUGUGGGCAUAACUGCAUUGCACCGUACACAGCAAAGCCUGGAGUGUGCCCUCGUAGACGAUGGGGUUCAGGGACGUGUGCAGAGUUCUGUUCCAAUGACAGUGACUGCCCCAAUGAUGAAAAAUGCUGCCACAAUGGAUGUGGGCAUAACUGCAUUGCACCGACACAGUGAAGCCCGGUCGCUGUGUCCUGCCCUACGGGACCUACAUGUGUGCCGAGUACUGUUACAAAGAUGGCCAGUGCCCCGAGGAACAGAUGUGUUUCUGGAUAUGUUGAUUCUAUGCCUGCAGUGAGCCAUUGAAGCUUUAUUGGAAAUUCUUAUUAGUUAUAAGAAAUAAGUUGAAAAUACAAAUCAUUACAUGUACAAUUAUGUCUAUGAAAACUGAUGAUUUUAUGCAAUAAUAAAUAUGAAAAAUGAUCAUAGCUUUUAUGGAAACUGGACAAUUUUCAUGGGCAGUAUGUGAAUUGACAAACGGCAGUAUGUGAAUUGACAAACUCAUGUGGACUGCUGAAUUUGAAUAAAACAA